AUGAAGACACAUUUACUUGUUAUUCCAAAUAAGAAAACAGAGGAGGUCAAUUGGGUUAAGCCACUCAAUAACUAUUUACUUUCGAUCUAUGGCAAUACAGCUCAAUUCAAAGAUGAUCUUUAUUCUUUUAACAAAUUACGUCAAGAUAUCAGAGGAGUUAAUGCUGAUAGUACUGGAUUGAGAUUAUAUUAUACAUAUUAUAGUCAAUUAGAAUUGAUAGAUUUACGUGUUCCAUUCCAUGAUGUCAACAAAUCCAAAAAAUUGGAAUUUGAAUGGCAUGAUUCAUUCUCGGGUUUGGUUCAUAAACAAAAUGCAUUGCCAUUUGAAAAAGCGAAUGUUUUAUAUAAUAUUGGAUCAUUAUUAAGCAAGAUUGCUAAUUAUAAAUAUAAUGAACUGCAAAGUAGUGAUGGGGAAAAUUCAUUUAAAGAACUGGUCAUGAUGUUGCAACAAGCAGCAGGAAUAUUUCAAUUUAUUAAUGAGAAUUUCUUACAUGCUCCAAGUGAAGAUUUAGCACAAUCAACUAUUAAAUUUUUGGGGAAAUUAAUGAUUGCUCAAUCCCAAGAAAUUUUCACUUUGAAAGUUAUUACUGGUGAUACUAAUCAACUGAAGAAUUCCUUGAUUUCAAAACUUUGUAAAUCUACAAGCAUAUUAUAUGAAGAUUGUUAUAAUAUGAUUAAUCAGGAUAGAAAGCAAGCUUAUAGCUAUGGCGACGACGAUGAUGAUGCUGAAGAUGAUGGAGAGAAUUAUGAGGAUGAUUUCUUGGAAAGACCAGAGGAUAGAGAAGAUCAAGAUCUUCAUUCAGUUGUUGCAGAAUUGGAUUCUUCUUGGAUUGCAACAAUUUAUUUCAAGCACCAAUAUUACAAAUCAUUAGCAUUGUAUUUCCAUGGAUUGCAAUUAGAAGCAGGAAGAAAAUAUGGUGAUGCUAUUGCUUAUUUGACCAAAUCGAAAGAUGUAUUGAGUAAUAUUCAUAGUACUACAUUAAAACAAGUGUCCAAAGGAAGUGGUGAUGUUUAUGAAUUGUUGGAUAAUUGGAAAUACCAGAAGGAUGCAGUUUCUAUUAAACUCACUGAUUUAAACAAAGACAAUGAUUUGAUUUAUCAUGAUAUUGUUCCAAGUUUGGUUACACUUCCAGAAAUCAAACCAAUGGAUAGUACUAAAGUAAUUUCCUUGAGUGAUAAUACAACUUUUCAUGAUGUAAAUGAAAAGAAUUAUAAUAAUUUCUUGGUUAAUGUUGUUCCAGUUAAUAUUCAUGAAUUGUCAAGUUUUUAUUCAGAAGAAAAAUCCCAAUAUUUGCGUAAUGAGAUUGAUCAUUUUGAAGUAUCAAACGAAGAAGCUCUGUCAGCUUUGGAAUAUUUAAAAUUACCAAAAGCUUUAGUGGUCAUUAAAGAAAGUCUCAAAGGACAGAACAAUGAUGUUGUAUCUCCAGAUAUUAUUAAAAAAGUUCAAGAAAUCUCAUCAAAAUAUCAAGAAGACCAAGAUCGUAAAGCCAGAAUUGAAAGUUCCAAGCGGGAAAUCUAUCAAUUGAUUUCAUAUUUCGAUCAAAACAAUCGCAAGGACGAUGCUGUACAAUUGAAAAAGGUUUUAUAUGAUGCAUCCACUUCUGAUAACAAAUUGUUUUCUUUAAUUGAUGAAAGAUAUUUUGCAAUUUUAGGUAAAGGUCCAUCGUCAUCUGAAUUUAAAAAUUUAUUUGAAGUUACUAGUCAAGAACCAGAAGUGAGUCUUUUAGAUAUGGAUGAUACUCAAGAUAAACAAAUCAAACUCAUUGAAGAUCUUUUGAAUGAUUUGAAUACCAUCAAGACAGCAAAAUCUAAAUUAAUUGAAAAACUCAAGACGGCAAUUCAUAGUGAUGAUAUUUCUGAUAUUUUGGUGCUAAAUAUGAAAUUGAAGUCUAGUAAUGAAAUCAAAUCUGUUAUUUUCCCACAAGAAUUGAAGAAAUUUAAUCCAUUUACUGAAGAGUUGGAUAAAUUAAUCAAUCAAGAGAAAUCCAUAUUUGAAGAAUUGAAAACCCAAUGGGGAAAAUUAACAUCAAAUCCAGAAAUUAAAAAGUUACAAAGUACACUGAAUUCAAAGGGCCAAUUAAUUGCAACAGAGCUGAUUAGAAUUAAUGAAUUUUAUAAUAAUUGGAAUAAGUAUCAUAGUGGAUUAACCAAAGGUGAGACUUUUUAUAACGGAUUAUUGAAUCAUUGUAAGAAUAUCAAGAGUAACAUUGAUGAAUUAAGUAAAGGCAUGAGAAAUAUGAGUAUUGGAGAACAAUUCCCACAACCAAUGUUGAAUAGAACUGAUAGUAACAAUUUGCUGUCGAAUUAUACUGGUGGUAGUACAUCAAGUGGAUAUCAAUAUCAAUAUCAACAGCAACAGCAACAGCAACAACCACAAAUGUCAGGAGGAUAUAGUCAACCACAAUAUGUGAAUUAUCAACCACAACGUCCAGCACCACCACCACAACAAUAUAGUCAAGGUAGUAUUCCUCAACAGCAUGGCUAUGAUAGACCACCGCCACAAUUGCCACCAAAACAAUCGUAUUCCAGUUCUGGAUAUUAUUCUUCUUCUCAACAACAACAACAACCAAUUAUCCCACAAAGACAGCCAGAAGGUAAUAAUUCUUCGUGGCAGCCUCAACAACAGAAUAAGCCUUCUAAUGAGAGUAAUUUGAUUUAUGAUAAUCCAUCUACUUAUAAUCCUAAUAUGUAUAAUUUUUUCUCCAAUAAGUAG